AGGGCUCCGCAGCCCCCCGGGGCCAGCUUGGGGGCCGGGGCGGGCAUGAGACGUUGCUGCCCCCGCGCCCCCGGCACCCGUGCCCCCGCUCUGACCCGCCGCCAGCCCGGCAGUUAGAGGCAGCAGGGAGGGAGCCGACCCACCGCCCGCCCGAGAGAUGUCCAGGAGGAAACAGAGCAACCCCAGGCAAAUCAAGCGUUCCCUAGGUGACAUGGAGGAAGGAGAAGACAACCAGGCUGAGGACAUCAGCCAGUCUGAGAGGGAAGGGGACACUUCGGACCCUGAGGCUUCUGCAGAGGGUGAUGCCCUGAGCUCCCCUGCCAGCAUUGAAUCGGAGGCCAAAGAAGUCCUGGAGAGUCCCAAGGAUCCAGAGAAGCAGGAGCCUGACAAAGACCCAAAGGAGGCAGACCCGUGGAAUGGGCCUGAUGAAUUGGAGCUGAUCCUGGUGGAAGGGGAGAGCAGAGUGCGGGCCAGGCGGAGCCUUCCCGAAGGACUGUGUUGGGGCCCAUUCAGUGGAAACAUCCAGAGUGAACAGGCCUCCCCUGGGCGAGGCAAUCCGAGCCCGCCCCUGACCCUGCUGCUGGGUGAUGAGCACUGCUGGCUGACGAGGCUCCCUCUGGUCUCCAGCGAAGCUGAAGCCAACUCGGUGAUCUACAGGAAGGAAGAGGCCGUUUGGUGCAAGACAACGAAGCCCGUGUCCGGAGAGGAGCUGAUGACCACCUUCAUCAUGGCUGAGCCCCAGGGGAUCCCCAACCACACAGUGAAGACGGAGCCCGGAGAUCCCACCUACCCCGUGACCCUACAUUCGGAAAUUCAGCUUCUGCCCCAGCAGGCUGGCAUGGCUGCCAUUCUGGCCACCGCCGUAGUCAACAAGGACGUCUUUCCCUGCAAGGACUGCGGCAUCUGGUACCGGAGCGAGAGGAACCUGCAGGCCCACCUCAUGUACUACUGCGCCAGCCGCCAGAGCUCCAGCUCCCCAUCCGCGGAGGAGAAGCCCAAGGACACGUACCCCAAUGAGCGCAUCUGCCCCUUCCCCCAGUGCAAGAAGAGCUGCCCCAGCGCCAGCUCUCUGGAGAUCCACAUGCGCAGCCAUAGCGGAGAGAGGCCGUUUGUCUGUCUGAUCUGUCUGUCGGCGUUCACCACAAAGGCCAACUGUGAGAGACACCUGAAGGUGCACACAGACACACUGAAUGGAGUCUGCCACAGCUGUGGCUUCGUCUCGACCACCCGGGAUAUUCUGUACAGCCAUCUGGUGACCAAUCACAUGAUCUGCCAGCCGGGAUCCAAAGGCGAACUAUACUCCCCCAACUCAGGGCUCCCAGCCACUAAGCCGGCCCCCCCAGCAGGUCUGGCCCAGGGGAGGAUCACCCCAGUCCUCAAAUGCAGCGUCCCCAGCCUCGCCGCCGACAGUCUCCCCAGCCUCCAGCAGCAUGUGAUCCCGCACGGUCCCCCGGUGGCCCCCGCCCCUGGCCCGGGGCCCCUACAGCCCGAGUCCCCCCCUGCCACCCCGGACCCCGUGGGCCGGAGACCCCGGGCCGAGAUGGAGAAUGGAGACGCCCCCGGGGAGGGCUGCUCUUCCGCCUCGUCCUCAGCCAGCGAGGAGGCGAUGCCAACCAUGAGCGUCAAACAGGAGCUCGAGGAGAGCCAUGGCGCCGGGCCAGAGGGGGCCACGGGCCGCUGCCCAGGAGAGCCCGGACCCUCCUCCAGGACCCCGUCCCCGCACAGCCCGCCGUUGGUUAAGGUGAAGUCGGAGCUGGCCAGCCCCACCCCAGGGUCCAGCCCGGUACCCAGCGAGCCCUGCCCAGGCCACGCCGGGGGCACCGUCUUCCUCCCGCAGUACCUGUUCAGUCCCGAAGCCUCCGUGGUCCCCCAGGCCUCGGAGAUCCUAGCCAAGAUGUCCGAGCUGGUGCACAGCCGGCUGAAGCAGGGGCACGGCGGGGGCGGCGGCCCCCCGGCCCUGUUCGCCGGGACCCCCGUGCCCAAGGGGGCCACCUGCUUCGAGUGUGAGAUCACCUUCAACAACAUCAACAACUACUACGUGCACAAGCGGCUCUACUGCUCCAGCCGCCACCUGCCCGAGGACGGCCCGCCGGGAGUCCGCAAGCCCAAAAGCGCGGGCCCCAGAGGCUCCCCGGGGGCAGCCCCUGCCCGGGCGCUCCUGUCCCCGCAGCCACCCGAGGGCCAGGGGGCACCCACACCCCCGGAUGGGGGGGACGAAGGGGACACCCGCUCCCCGCCCGGCCCCGAAGCCAGAGCGGAGGAGGGCGGCCGGCCCAGGGGGGCCUCCCCGGAGGCGGACGGAGCCGGGCGGGGGAGCGAGGGCAGCCAGAGCCCCAGCAGUUCCGGGGGCGACCCCGACGACGACCCCACCAAGACCGUGUGCGAGGCCUGCAACAUCCGCUUCAGCCGCCACGAGACCUACACGGUGCACAAGCGCUUCUACUGUGCCUCGCGGCACGACCCCCCGCUGCGGCGGCCCGGCUCCACCGCCAAGGUGGCCUUCCUGCCCCAGCCGGUGCGCACCCGCAAGCGCCGCAAGCUCUAUGAGAUCCACGCCGCCACCGUGGCCACCGCCGCUGCUCCCGGGCCGGCCCUCCUGCCGGCCCCUCUCCCCCAUCGCCGCCCCCAGCCACCUGGGGCUGACCCCACUGCCACCGCCACCUCUCCCCAGCGGGGCCCCGGCCCGGCCGACCCUCCCGCCCCGCUCCCCGGGGCCACCACCGCACCCGCCUCCGCCCCUUCGCCGAGUUCCGGCCCGGACGCCGAGGGCCCGAUUGACCUGAGCAAAAAACCCCGCCUGCGCAGCGGGGAGGUCCAGCCGGCAGCACCGCCACCCCCACCCCUCCUCCCGCUGGCCGACUACCACGAAUGCACACCCUGCCGGGUCAGCUUCCACAGCCUAGAGGCCUACUUGGCUCACAAGAAGUUCUACUGCCCCGCUGCCCCCCUCCAGCAGAGCGCCCUGGAGCAGCUACACAAGGUCAAGAGCCUCCCCAGGCUCCGACCCGCUGGGGCUAGUGCCCAAGGGUUUGCUGGGGAGGAGCCCGAGGGUCCUCCCGGGGCCCGGGUGAAAGUGGAGAAGGGGGCCGGCCCGGCCAAGGCCCCCAGCCUGCCAGCCGCGUUCCCCGCGGGGGACGUUCUACAGCGCUUCCUGGGCCCUAAGGCCCUCCACCUCCCCGAAGGGAAGGCCCCCCAGCUGGUCGUGUGUCCAUACUGUCCCCUCAAUGGGGCCGUCAAGGGAGACCUCAUCGAGCACUUCCGUCACGCCCACGGCCUCUUUGUGGCCCAGCCGUUGGCAGGACACGUACUGGCCGAGGCCUCCGGCCCUCUGGCCCGGACGCCAGCUGGCAGUGGGGCAGAGAAUAGCCUGCCCACUCCUCUCCCGCUUCCCCCCCUGGCCUCUUCUUCCACCGUCUCUUCCUCUUCCUCCUCGUCUUCCUCCUCCUCCUCCUCAUCCUCAUCCCCACAGCCAGGCCCCAGGCUCUCCAGGGACAGCUUCAAUGGCCAAGACCCCAAGGAGCCCCCCAUCUCCUCCAAUGGCAGUCCUGUGCCUGCUGGCUCCCCCAGGCCCGUCCUGCCUCUCUCCCCAACGGGCCCCUCCCUGCCGCUGUCACCAGUGCCUGAAGCCCCCCUCCUCAAGCCCCCCACCCCGCCCGUGUUCACGGACAAGAGCACCCAGCCCCCACCAACCAAGAGCCUCCCGGCCAACGCUCCCAACGGCAACCACAGAUACUGUCGCUUGUGCAACAUCAAGUUCAGCAGCCUGUCCACCUUCAUAGCCCACAAGAAGUAUUACUGCUCCUCUCACGCCGCGGAGCACGUAAAGUGAGCUCUGCCCUGGCUCCUCCCUCCACACUACAGUCGGGGCACACGCAUGACCUGCUCCAUCCUCAACAUGGCAGGCACCCCCCCAGCCCCGGCCAGGGCACCACCUCCCACGGGAAGAUAGGAGUAAUUAGGUGCCCCUGAGGCUGCCCCUCGGCUCCCCCAGCUCCCCUCCCCACGAUGGCCUAGGGCCGGAUUUGAGGUCAAGGCAGCUGGGCUGGGUGCAUAUGCUCUUCCUUUCCUCCUCCGGUAAAGCACAAAAGACCCUCCUGGGCACACAGACAAGCCUGCCCCGACCCUUCCCCAAGCCAUCCCUGAAUCCUCCCCGGUAUCCUGUGGCUCCAAGGAGAGGGCGUGCUCUCUGCUGACGUGCCCGCCAACUUCUGGCUGUCAUGAGGGGGUGUGCGAAUGUGGGCGGGGGGGAACCGGUGGAGAGGGUGGGUGUGGGUUGUCGAGUCCUUAGGCACUUACUAAAACAAUGCAAUGGGCCAUGAACGAUCAUAGAUAUCUCAGUUUUCUGGGAGGCAGGAGUGAGGAGAGGAAAAGGGUUUUCCCAGGCAGCAGCAAGUGUCCAUUACACCCCUACCCUCAGGGUGGCACUGGCCGGGCCAGGCAUGGACCAUCCCCCUGGUCAGGGGAGAAUUUUCCAGAUCCCUUCCCUCACUACCUGUUUUCAUUUCACCUCAUUUGCUGUUCCUGCAGUCAGAGGCCCAACAAGGGAUUGGGAUCCCUGCCUUCUAACCCCAGCUCUGCCCGGUUUUCUCAAGGGCAGGCCGUUGGCCCCUGACAGGGAAGGGCUGGGCAGGCCGUGAAGACUAAUCAGGCAAUGGGCGGGUCUCUGCUCUUCUCCCCCACAAUGACCUUCCUCAGGUAACUGGCCACCUGCCCAUUUCCCCCACUCCAACUUUGAUUCAGGUGCUUGGCAAGUGAUUAAAGCAGGUGAGCAGAUGUGGCCUGUGGCAAGAUCAGGGGCCAGGAGUUUCACCUGUUUCUUCUCCAGAUCUAAUCCUCAGUCUAGAGCUGGGGUGGCUGAUGAGCAGGAGAAUUCAGGCAGCCUCCCUCUGGGCCCCUAUCAUGGGGAGAGCAGGGUGGGUCCCCCAGGCUAGAAAUUGGCCCUUCCGAUCCAUAGUGGCCCUGGCGGGGACAGGCCAGAUUGGGUGACUGAAGCAGACCUUGUAUUGGGCAUCCUGCCAGUCUCUCUCCUGCCAAUUCUCCCAUCAUCCCCCCCCAGUAUAGUGCAAUCAGAAACAAGUGUCCACAGCAAUAUUUUGCCCACCUCCAUAUCUCAAAGCACUUUACUAAUGGGAACUAGUUGUCCCCUGACCCCCCUGCCCUUCCAGGGGGACCACAGGGGAGAGAGGUAGCAGGACAGAGGGGUGAACUCCUGCCCCAGGCCUGCCUUGACCCUCCAGGCUCAGGGAAGGGAGUGUGGCCACGGUGUGAACAGUAUCAAGGUCCGUGGUGAGGGAGAGGGAAGCAAGGAGCCAGGAGGCAAAGACUUGGAACUUCCAAUCCCCAUCACCAGAAAGGGGCCGACACUUGCACGAUUUUCUCCUCAGUCUUUCAGGUAAGGGAGGGUACAACUUGAAGGUUUUUCUCUCCACACCCAGACCCCCAGGAUCUCUCCCAGCUUGUGCCUUUGGGAGAUUCUCUGAAACCCAUUGCUUACAGUUAAGGAGGAGGCCUCGAAAGACCUUAGAAAAGGGUGUUGGAGGCCCUUCACGGAGCAGAAUCCUGAGCCAAACUCAGCCCGGACGCAAUCGUCAGUGGAGAUUAGGGGGCGAGCCCAGCCGGAGGAGGUGGGCUAUAGAUGUGGGGCUUCUUGGGGGACCUCGAGCCCUGAGCUGGCUGGAACUGCCUCAGGAGUCAGGAGCAGGGAGAAGGAAGGUCCAUCCCUCCUAAACUUUCACCAGCGGGUGACGGCCAACUGAUACGGACUGGAAAGCAAACAGGGCAGCACUGAAGGAGAGAUUGCCCCAUGCGCUUGGGAAUUGCUGUGUGUAUAGGUUUGUACAUAAAUAAAUAUGUCUAAUAAA